ACCUAAUUAUAAAAAUAAAAAAUAAUUAUAAAAAAAACGUCCAACCAACUUCAACUUAUCUGAUGGUCUGAUAUUACUGCAGGUUAGCUCUCCCUCAUGAAUGCUAGAGAUUGGAUAAUGGCGUACAAAGCUCUAGACUGCAUCACGAGGUCGGACAUCGAAGCACAGGGAAUUGCACCGGACCUUGCAGAGGGAAUCCAUGGAAGAUUCACCGAGAUCGUCCGUAAUUACGGACCCGCCACUGCUGAAACGUGGCGGGAUAUCUCGAAGCAUAUACUCAGCCCGGACCUCCCCUUCUCCUUCCACCAGAUGAUGUAUUACGGCUGCUACAUCAACUACGGCCCCAACCCGCCUGCUUGGGUACCCGAUUCGGAAAAUGCAAUCUUAACAAAUAUUGGUCAGCUGUUAGUGAGGCGGGGUACAGAGUUUUUAGGUUCAAAAUAUAAGGACCCCAUAUCAAGCUUUUAUGAUUUCCAGGAAUUUUCAGUCUCAAACCCUGAGGUUUAUUGGAAAACUGUGUUGGAUGAAAUGAGUGUAACUUUUUCUGUGCCUCCCCAAUGUAUCUUCCUUGAGUGUCCAUUUGGGGAAAGCCAUUCCUCAUACCCUGGUGGUCAGUGGCUUCCCGGAGCAUUAGUGAAUCCAGCAAAGAAUUGCUUGAGUUUAAAUUCCAAGAGAAGUUUGGAUGAUGUAGUGGUAAUUUGGCGUAAUGAAGGGGAUGAUGAUCUGCCUGUACGCAGGAUGACCCUCCAGGAGUUUCGUGCAGAGGUUUGGUUAGUUGCCCAUGCAAUCAAAGCACUGGGCUUGGAGAAAGGGUCUGCAAUCGCAAUUGAUAUGCCAAUGGAUGUCAAUUCUGUGUUCAUCUACCUGGCUAUUGUUCUGGCAGGCUAUGUUGUUGUGUCCAUAGCUGACAGUUUUGCUCCACUUGAAAUAUCAACAAGGUUGAAAAUAUCAGAAGCAAAAGCUGUAUUUACUCAGGAUCUGAUUAUUCGUGGUGACAAAAGUAUACCAUUGUACAGUCGAAUUGUGGAGGCUCAGUCACCUAUGGCAAUUGUGAUCCCGACCAGAGGUUCUAGCUUUAGCAUGAAAUUGCGUGAUGAUGACAUUUCUUGGCAUGAUUUUCUUGGAAGAGUCAAACAUUUAAAGGAAGAUGAAUUUGCUGCCAUAGAACAACCAGUAGAAGCAUUUAUGAACAUUCUUUUCUCAUCUGGAACUACAGGAGAGCCAAAAGCAAUUCCUUGGACCCAUGCAACUCCUUUUAAAGCUGCUGCAGAUGCAUGGUGCCACAUGGAUAUCCAAAAAGGUGACAUCAUUUCCUGGCCCACGAAUCUUGGCUGGAUGAUGGGUCCUUGGCUGGUAUAUGCUUCAUUGUUAAAUGGGGCUUCCAUGGCUUUGUAUAAUGGAUCUCCCCUUGGUUCUGGAUUUGCCAAAUUUGUUCAGGAUGCUAAAGUUACCAUGCUUGGAGUGAUCCCAAGUAUUGUUCGGGCAUGGAAGAGUAGAAACUGUUUGGCUGGUUUGGAUUGGUCUGCCAUCCGUUGCUUUGGCUCCACUGGUGAGGCAUCUAAUGUUGAUGAAUACCUAUGGCUGAUGGGGAGAGCUCACUAUAAGCCUAUCAUUGAAUAUUGUGGUGGCACGGAGAUUGGAGGUGGAUUUAUUACUGGCUCAUUAUUGCAGCCUCAAUCAUUGGCUGCUUUCAGCACACCAGCUAUGGGCUGUUGUUUGUUUAUCCUUGGCAACGAUGGUCAUCCCAUUCCGAAGAAUCAACCGGGGAUUGGUGAAUUGGCACUUGGUCCCCUCAUGUUUGGGGCUUCUAAUACACUGCUGAAUGCCAAUCACCAUGAUGUCUACUUUAAGGGAAUGCCUUCCUGGAAGGGAAGGGUUCUUCGGAGGCAUGGGGAUGUGUUUGAGCGGACUUCUACAGGUUAUUACCAGGCACAUGGUCGUGCAGAUGAUACAAUGAAUCUCGGAGGUAUCAAGGUGAGUUCUGUUGAAAUUGAACGCAUCUGUAAUGCGGUAGAUAACAAUGUGCUCGAGACAGCUGCUAUUGGUGUGCCACCGCCAGGAGGAGGACCUGAACAGUUGGUAAUUGCGGUUGUAUUCAAGGAUUCAGAUAACAUGGAAGCUGACUUAAAUCAGUUGAAGAUUCUUUUCAAUUCAGCAGUGCAGAAAAAUCUAAAUCCUUUAUUCAGGGUUUCUCGGGUCGUGCCUCUCUCAGCUCUUCCAAGGACAGCAACAAAUAAGGUUAUGAGAAGGGUUUUGCGUCAGCAGCUCACUCAACUUGAUGAGAAUUCUAGGUUAUGAUGGAUGGAUGGAUGUAUGUUAUUCUUGAUGAAAGCUUGCUUUGACCUGCUAUCUCUGUUCAUAUCUGAAAUGAUUAUCCACAAGGAUCUGUCUCAGAAAAUAUCAUAAAAUAAAAUAAGAACUUAUAUGGUGGCGAUUCAA